CUUCUUUUUACAUAACUUUGAACAAAAUGAUGCAUCGCUUACGUAUUUUCACACCAUUAUUCAAUACCAUCCUCAAACAACAACAAACAACAGCUUUUGCACGACAAACACCUAUCAGUUCUUUAUUCAUAACACGGCAACAUUUCAGUCAAUGGACUCCACUUCAAAACAAACAACAAGACAAAGUCAAUUCUACGAAAAAUGACAAUCAGACAACGACAAUAAUAGAAAAUGAACUUUUGAAACCUGAAGAAGAAGAAGAAGAAGAAGAAGAGGAGGAAAAGAUUGAUCCUAAGAAUUAUCCGGAAUUGUAUCCUGACGAACAAGAAAUCGACACGGAAUGGUUUGUUGAUUCUGAAUUUGUAGAAGAACCUGGUGAAGACUUUGUUCCUUUAUGGCAACGACAAGCAGAUGCUCAACAACACUUACAAGAUCGACAGACUUUAGAAGAAAUAUCAGAACAACUUUUGAAAGAUGGCAUCUUGACACCUGAAAUGAUUCAACAUAUAUUAGAACAAGCAAAGAUGGAUAAUGUACUUAUUUUGGAUGUGCGCGAAAAGUGUGAUUGGACCGAUUAUAUGAUUAUUGCUGAUAGUGCAAAAGGUGACAAAUUCCUUAGCACUGUUGCUGAACAUGUGGGCUCAACGGUUCGCAAGGCGAUUACUGCUCAUCCUGAUGUUUCAAAGUCUAUCCCAACUCCACAUAUUGAAGGACGUGAUGAUCAAUCUGGUUGGCUGUUGAUUGAUUUAGGCCGUUGCAUAGUACACUUAUUCACACCUGAAAUUCGUGAAAGAUAUGACUUGGAAGGUUUAUGGAAAUCUGUACCUACUGAUCCUAGUUUACCUAUGCCUGAUCAAUAAUGAACAUCAUUAAUAUUUUAGAUUAUUUUGUAGUAUUAGUUUUUUAUUUCAUGUAUUUUAUUUCUCUCUAUCUCUCUGCAAAUAGAUUUGCCCAUCUCUAUCACCC